GUUAACUUAACUGACCCGCUUAUGACUGUGGAGGAGGAAGCUGACCUGCAGGACUCGGGUGGAUUAACCCAAGUUGCUCAAUAACACAAGUAUUGGCUAUGGCACCAGUCACAGCGGCUGUAAAAGUGAAUGACGCUGCGACACCAUCAUAGUCUCGAGGUUCACGCAAGUUGAGAGUCUGACUUUCAAGCAACGCUAAACUCAAGAGUUAACCUGUAAGAAAUUGGACAUUAUCUGCCUUAAGCUCGAGGAAAACGUGGCUACAUACCGUUGCACGCGCGUAGCUGCAGCGUCUCAGGUGCUUACGUGCGGCUGUUAGCUGUCAACGCAUUCGCUCCACCUGGAAUAAUUUUCUGAUUGUGCCGUCGGGGUAACGUAGACGAACAACGAUGUGCUCGGUUAUAAACAGAGUGAAACCAGUUCAGCGAACUCUGGCUCUCACGCUUCGCCUCAGACCAAACACCGAGGGCUCGAGUUACGCAGCAGCCGAGAGUAGGCGCUUCUGUCCCGGCGUAAGUGCUGGCGUUAACCCGCUAAGCGCUACCACCAGAUGGUACUGCUCCAGGAUGGCGCUGACGGAAGGACUGCUCUUCAGACAACUGUUUGAGUCGGAGAGCAGCACCUACACCUACCUGCUAGCAGACCCAGAGACCAAGGAGGCUGUCCUCAUCGAUCCUGUACUGGAGACCAUCGACAGGGACCUCAAGCUCAUACAUGAACUGGGGCUCAAUCUAAAAGUGGCAGUUAACACCCACUGCCAUGCAGACCACAUCACAAGCACUGGGCUGAUGAAGAAAAGACUGUUAGGCCUGAAGAGUGCUAUCUCCAAAUUCAGUGGUGCCUCUGCAGAUAUACUCCUGUUAGAGGGAGACAAAAUCAACUUUGGAAAACACUAUCUGACUGUGAGAGAGACACCCGGACACACUGAUGGUUGUAUGACGCUGGUGUUGGGGGAUCAGAGCAUGGCAUUCACUGGGGACGCUCUGCUCAUCAGAGGCUGUGGCAGGACAGACUUCCAGCAGGGUUGCCCUAAGAAGCUCUUUGACUCAGUCCAUCAGAAGAUCUUCACCCUGCCUGACCGGUGCCUCGUCUACCCAGCGCACGACUAUUUAGGUCAGACGGUGUCUACAGUCGGUGAGGAGCGCAAGUUUAACCCACGCUUGACCAAGAGCCUGGAAGAGUUUGUUAACAUCAUGAAUAACCUGAAUCUUCCUAAGCCUAAGAAAAUAGAUAUUUCAGUGCCUGCUAAUCUGGUUUGUGGAGUACAUGAUGUUUGAAUGCAGGACGCACAAGGAAGGAUUCUAAUUCAAUCAUCUACAUCAUAGCAAAGUGAUUACCAUUUACAAAUCUGUAUUUAGCAGGAUUAACCAAAAACUAUUGACCAUAAAAGUGCUUUAUUGCGUGUAUGUACGUAAAUGCAAAGAUGUAUAUUUGAAUAACUGUUGCCAUUUGGAGUGCAGCUACUGUUGUGAUCAUGCUUAAAAUAAUAAUGCCGUAAUUUCUAUUUUAGAAUUAUUUCUAUUCCUGCUAGAAAUGAUUGUUGAAAAGUUGUAGAUGAGGAAAAACCACUAUUGGAAUUUCUUUUGUAUUUUAAAUGAAUAUAAAUAUGAGUAUUUUUUUUUUAUUCUUUAUUCAGCUGUGUUAUUAUGAAUUGUAGAAUUGGGGAGGAAAUUUAUGAGAAGGAAAGCUCAGAUAGGAAUGUUCCAUUCAAGGUUUGGUUUAGUAUUCAUGAAUGCUUAACUGGGACAAUUGAGUUCUUCCACAUGGCCUUUCCAGUGAUUCCGGACUCCUUUAGCCAAGGCCUCAGACACACCACCCAGACUGCUGCCAACCAUGGCCUUUUUGCAUAGCAGGAAAAUGACACUACGCUAUUUGCAUUCAAUAUCACUGAGACGUAAGUUUCCAUUACAAAAGCUGAAAAA